UCUGCGGGCGGCGGCGGGGGCGCGCGUGGCCCGGCAACCGCCUCUCUCGCAACCGCGCUCCCUCCUGUCUGGCAACACCGGCCCCUGUUUCAUUCCUCGCUCCCCCUUCUGAGGAGAACCCGCGGCCCGGCCCAGGCCAGGCCUCCAGGUGAAGAACAUCCGCCGCGCUUCUUCGACGCCGCUUGCAUUUCCCCGGGCGGAGGGAGGCCCCACGUGAGCUGUUUCCCCGGGUGAUGCCGGAUGUUUGGGACACUCAGAAUGGCGAGAAGGUGGAGUGAGAGAGAGAAGGACAAAACAAAAGAGAAGGAGAAGGAGAAAGAGAGCGGAGCCGCGCAGGAAGAAGACAAAACGAUUGAUGAGACAAUGGCCUGGAAGUUCCUUUCUGCUACUCAGAUUAACCUUCUGCUGGAGCAAGAUGUAGCGGGAGUUCAACAACAUUUGGAACUGUUUCUGGAUUUGAAACAAUUCAAGACAUCUUUGAAAGAAGCUGUUUUGUUGGAUUAUUACGUGUCAGGAUUUUGUUGGGCUAAAGAGACGAACUUUGCAGCUGUUCAGAUAGCCGGAUUCAUGACUCUGCUGAAUUUGCUGUUGGAGAACCUUGGCACUCAGCAUAUGACACUGAUGGAGAACAUUCAAGAACUUAGAAAAACAAUGGCUGGAAUUGGGCAGUGUCCUUCAGAAAAAAGUGGGGGUUUUGAGUUCUUCACUGUAGAUCAAGCCAAGGCUAUAAUUGGCUAUCUGGAAAUCAGCUUAUUCCAGCAUUAUACACUGUAUGAGUAUCUUUUCCAUAGUCCGCGGGAAGAGCUUGUGAUAGGAGAUGAGAACAUUGUUGAACUGGUCAAGCCUGCAGAUGCCCUUUUCCCUGCUCCCUUGGAAGAAGGUCUGCCUUAUGACAUUUAUUCCACGUUCAUAGUGUCAAUCCCAGCUACAGAGGAUGCAGUUGAGGAAACUGAGGGAGAUGUUCAACCAGAUGAGCAACCUGAAGCAGAGCCCCCUGUCGAUCCUCUGGCAGGUUAUUGCAUGGAUGAUGUCAAAUCAGUACUGGGCGAAGUGACCAAUGAAAUGAUCGGCCAACUUCAGAUUGAGAUAAACGGAAAGCUACAAAUGCAGGAAGAGGCCUACUCUGUGAGAAUAGAAAAGCUGAAGAAAAGCUGAGAAAAUUUGCACGUGAAGCAUGUCGGUAUGGAGCUUUCCACCAGUUGUUUAAAACACACUCAGUGUCUACGAUGUGUUUUGAUUCCAACUCUCAGCGUGAUUGGGUCAUUGCUGUUUCCUAGGGCAAAUGUCUUUCUGAAUCCUCCAACAUAACAUCUGAGUAUUUAGUGUAGCCCUUCCGUAUGCGUAAAAAGUGGUGUAUUCUUUGACAACUAAAUAAUGGAGGAAGAAAAUUAAAAUUGAGCGUGAUUCUGUUUUGUUGUUUUUGAAAUUUGAAUGACAUCUGAUUUGUGAUGCUUCCCCUGAUGUCUGUGUUUGUGAAAGACAUCUAAAUGAUUGAGUGGCAGGACAAAUAUUCUGGUAGGGAUCAAUAGCCAAUAUCCUUUUAGCCAUGUUAGUGAUGUGUUCUCACUCCUGUCCCCCCUGGCUCCAAGGUGGGACGUUCUCCUUCACACUUCAGUUGGAGAAUGCCCAUGGCUGUUAAACACAGACAUAAAGGAAAGGCAAAUAUAUACUUGUGCCAUUUGUCUACCCUGAAUUAUCAGAAUAUCUUUCCAAGUGAGUAAACACGGUGUACAGUGUUAAGAUGUAGUGACUGUUCCAUGUUUACCACCUCCAAAACAUACAUAACAUACACACACUUUGCACUCACCCAUUCAAAAGAUGUUUCUGAAAGUCAAGAAUGGGAUAUGCUAAAACACAUGGGUAAACAGUGAUUACCUACAAUGAUUACAAACUGAAGGAGGACACACGCCUAAGAUGCUUGAAGACCACUUGUUUGGAGGGUAACGUUCUGCUUCUCUCCAGAAUGCAGCAUCAGAAGCUUAAAACCAUGAAGUCCUGUCGGUGCUUAGUUAAAUACCUUUUAAACCCCCUUAUCCCAUUUGUGCAGUGAGUCUGGAAGAAGGGCAGUGGAGGGGCUGUGAGUCAGCGCUAGAGCAUCUGGACUGCCCUACUAGACUGUUGUAACUCGCUUUAUGCUGAGCUGCCCUUAAGACUGAUCUAAAAGCUCCAACUGGUUCAAAGUGCAGCAGCGCGGGUCCUUAUGAAGUCCCUGUGGCAUGCACAUAUCUAUCCAGUGCUUUGCCAGCUGCACUGGCUUCCAGUGGAGUUCUGAAUCAGGCUUAAGGUUCUGGUUCUAAUCUUGACAGCCCUAAGCGGUCUGUGACCCACAUACCUGUGGGACCGUCUCCUCAAACACCCCCCGAAGAAAGCACAUAAUUCAAUGGAUAAAUAACCUGUUGAUGGUCCCUGGGUGGAAAAAUAUCCAGCUGUCUUCAACCAGGAUCACAGCCUCUUUGGCUAUGGCUGCUGUCUGGAGGAAUGCUCUGUUGAAUGAGACCCCAGCCCUGUGGGACCUGCCAUAGUUCUGCAGGGCCUUCAAGACAAAGCUGUUCCACCAGGCCUAUUGUUGAGUCAGCAAUGGAAUCCAUCAUAGCUGGCCUCCCUUCUCUCCCUCCCUCCCUCCCUUUCUCUCCUUCUCCUUCCCUUCCUCUUUUCCCUUUUAGUUCAUGUUCCCUACUUAGGUUUUUAAGGCACCUAAAUAUAAUAUAUUGCGAUUGUCUAUAAUUUUUUUUAUAAGUUUAUUAGUUAUUUAAAAUAUAAUACAUUAAUAGAUAUCAUGCAUUAUACAUAAAAAAAAAUUGCUGUAUAUAAAGUUGUACAUACUUUCUUGUUUCAAUCUUGCAACGUUCUUUGUAAAUUUUCUUGUCUAACUCUCCCACCAUAGGGAGUGUGUUUACCAAAUAAUUAGAUAAGGCUUCUCUUCCUUGUUUACAAAUUAACCUACUAUCAAAAUACGGGAAGUAUAACUGUUAGAGCUUCACUUAUAUGAAUUUUACACUAAUAGCUUUACAAACAAUAAAGGUUGAAUUUAACUAA